GCCCAUCUGCCGCCCGCCGGUCGCCGGUGCAGCGGCAAUGCCCCGCAGCCCGGCCUCGGCCCCCGGCCCGCCCAGCUAGCCCCGCGCCGCGACUCUCGGAGCAGCGAUGGGCAACACGGUGCACCGGACCCUGCCAGACUCCAGCCCUCCUGCACGCCUCCUGGCCACCCGGCCUUGCUACGGCCCGGGCCCGGAGAGGCGAGCGGUCCUGGGCGAGGCGCCACGCUUCCACGCGCAGGCCAAGGGCAAGAACGUGCGUCUAGACGGUCACUCGCGCAGGGCCACGCGACGGAACAGCUUCUGCAACGGAGUCACCUUCACGCAGCGGCCCAUUCGCCUGUACGAGCAGGUGCGGUUGCGCCUGGUGGCUGUGCGUCCUGGCUGGAGCGGCGCGCUGCGCUUCGGCUUCACUGCGCACGACCCGUCGCUCAUGAGCGCACAGGAUAUCCCCAAGUACGCCUGCCCCGACCUGGUCACACGACCUGGAUACUGGGCCAAGGCGCUGCCGGAGAACCUGGCGCUGCGGGACACGGUGCUGGCCUACUGGGCUGAUCGUCACGGUCGCGUCUUCUAUAGUGUCAAUGAUGGCGAACCAGUGCUGUUCCACUGCGGCGUGGCCGUGGGAGGCCCACUCUGGGCACUCAUCGACGUCUAUGGCAUCACGGACGAGGUGCAGCUGCUGGAAAGCACCUUCGCAGACACGCUGACCCCGCUGCGCCUGGGCCAGGCCCGCCUCAGCGCCUGCCCGCCUCCGGGCAGCCACGAUGCUGCCAACUUCGAUAAUAACGAGCUGGAGAAUAACCAGGUGGUAGCCAAGCUGGGUCACCUGGCUCUCGGCCGUCCGGACGCCGCCGUCCCGUGCGUGGCCCGCGAACGCGCGAGGCCCGCCUCCUCACCCGCGCUGCUGGACGCUGAGCUGCGCUUCCACGCCACGCGCGGCCCCGACGUGAGCCUGUCUGCGGACCGCAGGCUAGCCUGCGCGCCCCGCCCCGACGGCGGCCGCACGCUUGUGUUCUCCGAGCGGCCGCUGCGGCCCGGGGAGAGCCUGUGCGUGGAAGUGGGGCGCCCGGGGCUGGCGGCGCCCGCAGCUGUGGCCUUCGGCAUCACGUCCUGCGAUCCUGGCGCGCUGCGGCCAUCCGAGCUGCCCGCCGAUCCCGCUGCGCUGCUGGACCGCAAGGAAUACUGGGUGGUGGCGCGCGCCGGGCCCGUGCCCAGCGGAGGCGACGCACUCAGCUUCACGCUGCGACCGGGCGGCGACGUCCUGCUGGCGGUGAACGGGCGCCCGCGGGGACGCUUGCUGUGCGUGGACACCUCGCAGGCGCUCUGGGCCUUCUUCGCUGUGCGCGGUGGUGUGGCGGGUCAGCUGCGUCUCCUGGGCACCGUACAGUCCGGUCCUGAGGCCACAACUCCAUCAGGGUCCUUCAGUGGCUCUCAGGAUGACAGCGAUUCGGACAUGACCUUCGGGGUCAACCAGUCGUCAUCAGCAUCAGAAUCGUCUCUGGUGACAGCCCCCAGCUCCCCACUGAGUCCCCCAGUGUCCCCGGCCUUCUCUGCACCCGAGCCGGCCGGCAGCAGGAAUGGAGAGUGCACGGUGUGCUUCGACAGCGAGGUGGACACGGUCAUCUACACGUGUGGACACAUGUGCCUGUGCCACAGCUGCGGCCUGCGGCUCCGAAGGCAGGCACGGGCCUGCUGUCCUAUCUGCCGUCGGCCCAUCAAGGAUGUUAUCAAGAUCUAUAGGCCGUAGCCGUGCAGCUGGCUCGGCCAAAGCGAGGUCACCUUUCUGAAGCCCCUGCUAGGUGGGCGACACCAUGGCUACCAGGGAGCCCGGGGUCAGGAGCCAUCUCUUGUCUGCCACUCCGCAGUGAUGAGCAAGGCAGGACAGGUGUGGAGAUGAGGCCCUGGGGGCCAGAGGCCAGGCGAGCUUUGUUUCGUCUGUCUCAAACAUACGUUGCCCCCAAAAGCCUGUCCCAGGAUUCAGCUCAGGAACUGCCUGGCAGAUCACCUGCCUCUUGGUGACCUUCAGCUGGGAAAGGGUACCCUCUGUCUGUGCAAUGCUUCUUUGGGGUUGGGUUGAGUGUGUGUGUGUGUGUGGGGUGGGGGGCGGAGACAGCACAGAGAAUGUGUGAGAGAGAGAGAGUGUGUGAGUGUUUUAUGCAGGGAUCCGUCUCCUGGAGGGUAUUUAACACUAAGGAAUGUGCAAUCUGGGCCCAAAUGUUAAUGUGAUGGUUGUCCACUUUCUGGGGAUUUGGUUUUCUGCAAUGAGCUAGCUUUGAACACACAAGGCCUGAACCUACACAGAGCUCCCUGGGUGGCACUCAGAUUUUCUAAGGGAAAGCAAAAAUAACUCACUGUUUACAGCUCCAAGCAGCAGCUCCUGCUGAGGGGAGGAGGUGGGCGGAGAACAUCAGAGAACAAGUGGCUUUUGCUUCUUACUCAGACUAGGAGUGGUCUUCCCAUGGCCCUGAGGACAGGUGCCCAAGCUCUAGCAUCUAGAUUCCUUCAUCCCCAGCCAGUAGAACACCUCAGCCCCGUCCCUACAUGCUCUGGAGUUUUGUGAUGUCCCUCCUGUUCUUGGGGACAACACCAUAUCUCCCGUGGUAGAAAUAAAAGCUUUGGGCAUGUCCCGGUGACCAGCUGUCAGAAGCUAGAAGACCCAGACCCCCUCUAGUCCUUGUCCUGACCCUCUCAUUUUCCUGUUGGUGAUUAUGGUGUUAACUACACUGGUUACUCAUGAGGAGAGGACUGAAAAUGUUCCCCACUCCUGGGCCUGUUUGCCGGCAUUUCCCUGGCCCCGGCCCUGUCACCCUCUCCCUGGGUCAGACUUGUUUCUGUAGGCUUGCCAUUGUUGAUGCUGUGGUUGUGCGUGCCACCCCUCCCUUCUGAAGAGCCGUGGGUUGUACUGGAUGUACGUCCACCUACCCUGAGCUGUACCUUCAGAGGAGUCCUUGGUCUCUCUCUUCUCUGUUCCUACUUGGAAGCCUGGUGCCAGGGCACUGGCGAGACCUGCUCAGGUUUUUUAGAGGAAGCUUGAGACACCUUGCCAGGAGCAACGGUUUUCCUCACAGCUCCUAAUCUGGCCCUCUCUUCCUGUGACAGAGGGAAGAGAGGGGAAGAAUAGCUUCCGUCUUCCUCUCUCAGCAAGAGUCUCUGAGAGCUUGGUUUUCCUUGGAGACACCAGGACACAUGACCACCUUUUCACUCUAGGGUGAAUUUUUUUGUUUGUUUUUAGUUUCUUGGUUUGUUGUCGUUUUGGUUUUUCCUGAAAUUCACUCUGUAGACCAGGCUGGCCUCAAACUCAGAGAUCUGCCUGCUUCUGCCUCCCGAGUGCUGGGAGUGCACCACCACUGCCCUGGUGCAGCUGAAUCCUUUAAGGAGCUACCGAAACGCUUGUUUGCCUCAGUGAGAGUCUGAGAAUCACAGCACAAUUUCCACAGCCAACCUUAUAGCUUCUACACGUGCUGGGCUUGGGUAGACCCUCCUCAUCGCCGGUGAUGACCGGCUUUCUGGGCAGCCACUGGCCCUGUCUGACUCUAAUCUGUAACUGCCACAGUUUCAGUGGAAGGGGAACAAGCUCUCCUUCGCUUCUUGCCCUCACAGUUAGACCCUUGAGUUGCAGCAGGGGUCACCCAUAGCCACCACCAGGACGUCAACAGCUGAGGUCCUAGACGCAGGGGUGGACCAGGCCUGCCCCUGGUGACCUGUUACUAGGACAGAAACCAGGACAGACCUGUUUAACCUGUUUUGCUAUUUCCCAUAGAGCAAAGGGGGGUGUUUCUGUUCUAAAAGUCCGGUAUUUGCCCUAGGGGCAGUGUGUGUGUGUGUGUGUGUGUGUGUGUGUGUGUGUGUGUGUGUGUGUGUGUUUCAUCUCAACAAGGGGCAGGAGGGAAAAGAAGCCAGUGUCUUUCAUACCAUUCACGUGCCUGGGCACUGAGUUAAAGAGACACCUUUGUAUAAGACCCUGUGUAUAGGUUUUAGUGCCAUAUUGAGUCCCAUCGGAGACUUGGCUGGUUAGAGGGCUCACCAUCUUAUGGGCAGCUGCGAAAGUCACACCCACCUUAGCCUCAGGAUGCUGGGAUGCAGCUUCCAGGUCAGCUGCGGGACACAGGUACUAGGGUCCAUGAAAUACAGCGUUGUUCUCGUUUGGCAAGUGAGCUCUGAGAUCUUGUGAGACUCUUAAGGAUCACAAAACAGGAAGUGGCAGGGCUGGGAUUCCAGUCCCCACACCUAGCCUGGGCCUGCCUGCCCUACUUCUCAGGAAGCUCAACACUGCCUGAGUCUUCUUUCUGGAGACUCACCUGGAACCCCACACCUGUGUAGAAGGUUCCGGGCCACAGUCCCGAGGAGACAGAUGUCCUCCAAGGCUCAUGCGCUCGCUGCCCAUCUGCACUGGGGCGUCAUGCUUUGGACAGAGACUUUAGGCCACCCCUUUCUGGGACCUUGGGCCACUCCCUUCUCAGGCAGCACCCCAGCCCGGUUUCCAGGCUCACUGCCCAUUGUGCCCUGUGAACCUCAAAAGCCAAGAGUAGGAUGGGGAGGCCAAGUGGCCUCCCAUCCAUGGCAGCCAUACCCCUGUCCACUGAAACUUUCUGGAAAAGAGUUGUUUCCUGGGCUAAGUGGACUCCUCCUCUUAUUGGUUGACCAUCUUGGGGCAGCUGUCCUGCCCAGGCUUCGACACACUUUUUCACUUGUUCAACAUCCGCUCACCAGCCUGGCUCGUGAUCAGGACAUGAUGUUGAAGACUGGGACAAAAGACAAGGCCCGUGGGCAGCUCUUAGGCCAGAGGCCAGAUCAUUAACUGUUUUGAUCACUCUGGAGUUGGGGCUUAUGCUAGCACAUAGUAGGUACUCAGACCAGGAGCCUGGUUAGGAGUGGUUAGUGAAGUAGCCUCCCAUACACAUGGACACAAAGUCAUUUAAAAACGUUUGCUGAGUGCCCUCAGGAUGUCAGCUGCUGUAAGGGGGCACAGAGAGCAAGCGCCCAGCCCUGAUGCCUGAGUGGUGCCGUCAACAAGACAGGGUGGAGCACGUGGGCUUUCUUGACCAUUCUGUUGCCUUGGAUCCAUCUAGUUAAAUGCCCACAGAGCUUCCCGCACCCACAUUAAGGGGUUUUUUGUGGUGAGCUCUUGGCAAACAACCAAGACCCCACAAGUUAAUGACCACCUUCAGGUCCUACAGGGAGUCUCUGGGGAGAUAACUCCCUGCUACGUCCAGGCUCUGGGGGGUCCACAAGAGCUGCGAACGGCAUCGUGCAGCCUUGGAGCACGGGGAGGGGUAACUGCUCUGUCCAUCUUGCCCUGGCUGGGGACGCGGCUCAGGAACACUCAGCCUCCCAGUGUUUAAUAUUUUAGUGUCUCACUGUUUCACCCAAGUCCCCAAUGGAACUACCCAUAUGACAAUCUGUCUGUGCCUUAUGGAAGUGAGUGUGUGUGUGUGUCUGUGUCUGUGUGUGUGCACUUUUAUCCUUUAAAGUGCAACCCUUCAAUGUGGACAAGAAGCUAGCAGAUGCGGUUGGGCUCCAGACAUCAGCAGGGAGUCCCUGAGACCCUCUUGCGGAUUGCGGUUGGACUGAAAGUAUUCAUCCCCACCCAUCCCCACUAGCUGUGUACAGACCCUUUGAAACAUGUCUGUCCUUUCUGGUUCAAUACUGUGGCUCUCCAAUACUGUCUACUCUUUGGGGAACUGUACUAAAGGCCUGAGAGCUUGGGGAGUGAGCUUGGGAAGGGUUUGCGCUGGUCUUUGUGUGUUGUGUGUUCUGAUAUUUGUCUGUUUUUAUCUGUUUUAUAUUAACAUAACUUUCCUGUUUGAAAACAAAUAAAACUUUGGCUUGGUACAAAAAAAAA